AUGGCAACUGAGUACGGUGACGAUGAUGGCGGAUUGUAUUUUCAUUCCACCCAAAUGCAAUCUAUACACGAAUCACUACAACAAGAAGAAAACCAACGACUAUAUUUACAAACUUCCAUCAAAAAACUAGAAAGUUUCAAACACGUCAAUAACGAUUCAUCAAACAAUUCAAAUUCAGGUGCAGUUUCAGUAGUUCAAAUUAAGAAAAAGGCAGCCACCAAGAAACGUAAACUAAUGGCACGUAAGCCAAAUGUGAAAAAACCAAAGUCCCUGAGUGAAGCUGUUAGACAAGCGUUUGAAAAAGAUAAAUUUGCUUACUUUACAAAUAAUCAAGCCAAAAUUGACGAUUUUCUACCAGGCAAAUCAACAUCAACCGAACCCAGUACAAGCAACCAAGGAUCACUAAUAAGUUCGGACGAGUGGAACUACAUCAAACAAAUCUAUUUACAAAAACCAACCAAGAAUAAGACUACUUUGAAAAGUAUAAGAAAGAGAAUAAAGCAAUAUGAAAAUAGUGGUACUGGGAUGUGGGAAAUAGCAGCAUUGAAUGUGGAUGUUUCACUAAACGAUGAGGAUAUUCAACACUUGUAUGCCUUGGACGAAGAACAGAUGGUUUCUGACGACAAUUCAUCUACUGAAGACGACACCGAUCCAACUCAGAAUGACGGGUUGAUAUUAACUCUAUCACAAAAUUGUUCUACUCAACGCGACAUAUGUCAUCACGAAAAAGAUGAUCAAAAAUACAUUCUAAUUGAUUCUUCGAUUUGUGAAACCUAUCAGCAAGAUAAAAGUCUUCAACGUCAUAGCCAGAAAGAUUCAGAUAAUGGAAACACUAUUCCGGAUCAAAACUCGGCAAUAACAAUAGGCGAAAUGGAAUCAACUGCUGCCCAUGAAGUGGAAGAAAUAUUUAGUACCCCUUCUUAUGUCCCUUCCAAUAAAUUGAAUGCUGAUCAAGAUAGAUCCGAUGAAUCAGAAUCCUCAAUUAUAAUGUUAGCAGAUAAUAUUGUAUCAACUCAGCCUGACAUCGUUGAGUCUAUACUGGAUUCUGAGUCUGAAAUUGAAAUCAUUGAAAGACCACGUUUGCAGGUACUACGGUCCGUUUAUGAGAAUGGUACUUCUACAAAUCAAACUAGACAAGAAUUAACAAUGCCUAAAUGUCUUGAAAAUAACAAAAUAUCAGAAAAUGAAGAAUAUGAGUCAGAAGUAGUAGAAAGCGAUUCGACACCAAUAAUAACCCCUGUUGUAACACCUACAAAGAAACCCCACAUUUUUCCAACGAAUGAACCCGCCAUACCAAUAGCAUUGAGAAGCACACCGAAUAAAAUAAAAAAUAACGUGGAUAGAAUUUUUGGCAGUCCUUCACCAAUAAAAUUGGUACUAGAAAGCCCCCUCAAAAAGCACAUAAAUAUCGAAUUUUCCGAUAGUGAAUCCAUUUAUUCAACAGCAGUAUCACAGUUUGGCACACCAAAACAAACAACGUCUUUUCUGCCAGAAGUUUUAACUCAGAAAGUCGGAUCACCACCACUUGAUGCUUGUAGUGAUUCUGGGCCUACAGGCGUUGUUUCUUCCAUGCCUUAUAAGAAACCUCAUUCAACUAAAAGGUUGAGAACAACAACUUUGGAAAUAUCUGCCGCCUUAAGAGUGAAAAAUUACACUGAUCCUAAAAAUAACAUAACUGUGAAAAAGUUUGGUGAAGAAAUAAAGAGAGAAUUCAUUGAUCUAGAUAAUGAGAUUCCCGAUUCAGAAAGCCUGGAUGAUGAUACUGGUUUCAGUAUAAUUGAGAUUACGAGACAAGUGGAAGAAUGUAAAGAACCUGCUAAUGAUGAUUACUCCGAGGAACAAAGUACAGAUUUGUUUCAAAUUGGUUUGAAAAAUAAACAGGAAACUGGUAAUACUUCCCACAUGCAGGUACCAUCCAGUCCAGAAUUGCAAUUCGAAAAUGCCGGUAAUACAUUUUUGAAUUCUUCUUUGGUUGAAGAGGAUGAAUUCACAAAACUUAAGGCAACCGAAUUGCGAGAGAGGUUUAAGGAUUGGGGAUUAAAACCAGUACAAAGAAAAGAUAAAAUGCUUGAAAUACUACAGGGAAUAUCGGACUUUAUAUCCCCAGAAUCUUUAUUAGCAUUAAAAGGAUUUGAUUUGCAACAAUGUGUAUUCGACAAACUUGAGUUACUAAUAAAACAGGAUCAGUUUUGGUAUGAUCGAAUAUUGACAUUUGAACCCAUUAGAUUAGAGGAAUUAAAGCAGUGGUUAAACUCUCAUAAUCAUCAUCUAGAGUUGGAUAUAUUGCGUUUAUAUUGUGACAGAAACUGCAUUACGACAACAAAUACAUAA